CUGUUAUUGCAUUCAGUGACUGUUGAGGGUCCAUAUAAAGCCAGGUCAUUCUAUACCAGAUAGCGUGUUACACUCAGUUCAAUCAUGAAGACAAUUCUUCUCUUUUGUGCUUUGGUGGCUGUUCUUCAAGCAAGUCCUUUGAUAGACUUGAAGCCAGCUGCUCCUCAUCCUUCUCUUCAUGAUAAUGCUGACCUUGGAGACAUUUGGAGUGAUUGUUCUCGACCAGGAGACCCAGCAAAAAUCAAGAGUGUUGCCAUUCAUCCUGACCCACCUCAAAAGGAUAAGCCUGUCAGUGUUAAUGCUACAAUAACACUUAGUGAAGAAGUAACUGAAGGAAAGAUAACUCUGGUUGUUAAAUAUGGUACCUUUCAUAUCACUGUCAUCAAUAAGAGUUAUGAUCUGUGUAACAUAGCAAAAAGUGCUGGUGACAGUUGCCCUCUUAAAACUGGAGACCACAAUGUUAUCAUGACUGAAAGCUUACCUGGUUCUGCUCCAUCGGGAAGCUAUAAAGGGAAUUCUGAAGCAACAGAUCAAAAUGGAAAAGAGCUAGUCUGCAUCAACCUAAAUUUUAAACUAUAAACAGAACUUGUGGCUUAUCUAUAUAAUGUGUGACUUAUUUGCUACUUAGAUGUCGUUCAUUAUGAGUAAACUAUUUUUUAUAGAUAUAGUCUAAUACUGAUAAAGUGA